CGAGUUGACGCUCCCCGACAGCCCUCUUGACAGCCCGGCCGGACUUCUUAAGCGCAGUGGCGGGGCCGAAGCUGAAGCUCGUGAUGAAGUCCGUGGUGGUUCUGUUGGCGCUCGCCUUUGUCUUCGCUGUCUUCAACAAGGCAGAGGGACAGGGGCAGGGCCAGGGCGAUGGCCAAGCGAAGGCCAAUGGACCUAAAGUCACUGACAAGGUCUACUUUGACAUCACCAUCGGUGGGGUGAAGAAAGGACGUAUUGAAAUCGGCCUGUUUGGGAAGACCGUCCCCAUUACAGCAAGGAACUUCAAGGAAUUGGCAACCAAGCCUGAAGGUUCUGGUUACAAGGGCUCAAUCUUCCAUCGUGUGAUCCCAGAAUUCAUGAUCCAGGGUGGCGACUUUACCAAAGGAGAUGGAACUGGAGGUGCCAGCAUUUAUGGAGAGAGGUUUGCUGACGAGAACUUCAAGCUGAAGCACUAUGGAGCUGGAUGGCUUUCCAUGGCAAAUGCUGGAAAGGACACCAAUGGAUCUCAGUUCUUCAUUACUACUGUCAAGACACCAUGGCUGGAUGGAAGGCACGUUGUAUUUGGCAAAGUGCUAGCUGGCAUGGAUGUGGUUAAGGCUAUUGAAGCAGUUGAAACUAGAGGUGAUAAGCCUAUUCAAGAGGUCAAGAUUGUAGAUUCUGGAGCCAUACCAGUUGAAACCCCAUUCAGUGUAACAAAGGAGGGUGUCCAAUAAUAGAAGCAUUUCCUUUAUAAAAUAAAAAGUAAUCUGUCUUAGCACAAGAGCUGCUUUACAUGUUUCCUUUUAACUGAAUCGUGGGCAAAACGGUUAAUAUUGAUAUUUGUAUUGUUAAUUUCAAAAGGAAUACUUGUUGACAAGUAGAUGUGUUGUCUGUACUGGCUUGCAAAAUUUUGUAAGUGUAAUAAAUUUCUACAUUAGA